GCCUGGCGGGAGUAUGAAUAGCCUCGCUCCCACUCCCGACUCUCAGUCGCUCAGGCUACUCCCACCCCGCCCCGCCCCGUCAUUGUCCCCGUCGGUCUCUUUUCUCUUCCGUCCUAAAAGCUCUGCGAUCCGCUCCCUUCUCCUGGUGCCCCGCGUCUGUCCAUCCUCAGUGGGUCAGACGAGCAGGAUGGAGGGCUGCAUGGGGGAGGAGUCGUUUCAGAUGUGGGAGCUCAAUCGGCGCCUGGAGGCCUACCUGGCCCGGGUCAAGGCGCUGGAGGAGCAGAAUGAGCUGCUCAGCGCGGAGCUUGGGGGGCUCCGGGCACAAUCCGCGGACACCUCCUGGCGGGCGCGUGCCGACGACGAGCUGGCGGCCCUGCGGGCCCUCGUUGACCAGCGCUGGCGGGAGAAGCACGCGGCCGAGGUGGCGCGCGACAACCUGGCUGAAGAGCUGGAGGGCGUGGCAGGCCGAUGCCAGCAGCUGCGGCUGGCCCGGGAGCGGACGACGGAGGAGGUAGCCCGCAACCGGCGCGCCGUCGAGGCGGAGAAAUGCGCCCGGGCCUGGCUGAGUAGCCAGGCUGCAGAGCUGGAGCGCGAGCUAGAGGCUCUACGCGUGGCGCACGAGGAGGAGCGCGUCGGCCUGAACGCGCAGGCUGCCUGUGCCCCCCGCUGCCCCGCGCCGCCCCGCGGGCCUCCCGCGCCGGCCCCGGAGGUGGAGGAGCUGGCAAGGCGACUGGGCGAGGCGUGGCGCGGGGCAGUGCGCGGCUACCAGGAGCGCGUGGCACACAUGGAGACGUCGCUGGGCCAGGCCCGCGAGCGGCUGGGCCGGGCGGUGCAGGGUGCCCGCGAGGGCCGCCUGGAGCUGCAGCAGCUCCAGGCUGAGCGCGGAGGCCUCCAGGAGCGCAGGGCAGCGUUGGAACAGAGGUUGGAGGGCCGCUGGCAGGAGCGGCUGAGGGCUACUGAAAAGUUCCAGCUGGCUGUGGAGGCCCUGGAGCAGGAGAAACAGGGCCUACAGAGCCAGAUCGCUCAGGUCCUGGAAGGUCGGCAGCAGCUGGCACACCUCAAGAUGUCCCUCAGCCUGGAGGUGGCCACUUACAGGACCCUCCUGGAGGCUGAGAACUCCCGGCUGCAAACACCUGGCAGUGGCUCCAAGACUUCCCUCAGCUUUCAGGACCCCAAGCUGGAGCUUCAAUUCCCUGGGACCCCAGAGGGCCGGCGUCUUGGAUCUUUGCUCCCAGUCCUGAGUCCAACUUCCCUCCCCUCACCCUUGCCUGCUACCCUUGAGACACCUGUGCCAGCCUUUCUUAAGAACCAAGAAUUCCUCCAGGCCCGUACCCCUACCUUGGCCAGCACCCCCAUCUCCCCCACGCCUCAGGCACCCUCUCCAGCUGCAGAUGCAGAGAUCAGAGCCCAGGAUGCUCCUGUGUCUCUGCUCCAGACACAGGGUGGGAGGAAACAGGCUCCAGAGCCCCUGCGGGCUGAAGCCAGGGUGGCCAUUCCUGCCAGCAUCCUGCCUGGACCAGAGGAGCCUGGGGGCCAGCGGCAAGAGGCCAGUACAGGCCAGUCCCCAGAGGACCAUGCCUCCUUGGCCCCACCCCUCAGCCCUGACCACUCCAGUUUAGAGGCUAAGGAUGGAGAAUCCGGUGGGUCUAGAGUGUUCAGCAUAUGCCAAGGGGAAGGUGAAGGGCAAAUCUGGGGGUUGGUAGAGAAAGAAACAGCCAUAGAGGGCAAAGUGGUAAGCAGCUUGCAGCAGGAAAUAUGGGAAGAAGAGGAUCUAAACAGGAAGGAAAUCCAGGACUCCCAGGUUCCUUUGGAAAAAGAAACCCUGAAGUCUCUGGGAGAGGAGACUCAAGAGUCACUGAAGACUCUGGAAAACCAGAGCCAUGAGACACUAGAAAGGGAGAAUCAAGAAUGUCCGAGGUCUUUAGAAGAAGACUUAGAAACACUAAAAAGUCUAGAAAAGGAAAAUAAAGAGCUAUUAAAGGAUGUGGAGGUAGUGAGACCUCUAGAAAAAGAGGCUGUAGGCCAACUUAAGCCUAUAGGAAAAGAGGACACACAGACAUUGCAAUCCCUGCAAAAGGAGAAUCAAGAACUAAUGAACUCUCUUGAAGGUAAUCUAGAGACAUUUUUAUUUCCAGGAAAGGAAAAUCAAGAAUUAGUAAGUUCUCUGCAAGAGAACUUAGAGUCAUUGGCAGCUCUGGAAAAGGAGAAUCAAGAGCCACUGAGAUCUCCAGAAGUCAGGGAUGAGGAGGCACUGAGACCUCUGACAAAGGAGAAUCAGGAACCCCUGAGGUCUCUUGAAGAUGAGAAUCAAGAGGCCUUUAGAUCUCUAGAAAAAGAGAACCAGGAGCCACUGAAGACUCUAGAAGAAGAGGACCAGAGUAUUGUGAGACCUCUAGAAACAGAGAAUCACAAACCACUGAGGUCUUUAGAAGAACAGGACCAAGAAACAUUGAGAACUCUUGAAAAAGAGACUCAACAGCGACGGAGGUCUCUAGGGGAAGAGGAUCAGAUGACAUUAAGACCCCCAGAAAAAGUGGAUCCAGAACCACUGAAGUCUCUUGACCAGGAGAUAGCUAGACCUUUUGAAAAUAAGAAUCAAGAGGUCUUAAAGUCACUCAAAGAAGGGAGUGUAGAGGCAAUAAAAUCUUUAGAAGCAGAGAUCCUAGAAUCACUGAAGUCUGCAGGACAAGAGAACCUGGAAACACUGAAAUCUCCAGAAACUCAAGCACCACUGUGGUCUCCAGAAGAAAUAAAUCAGGGGACAAUGAAACCUCUAGAAAAGGAAAUUCAAGAACCACUGGAGUCUGUGGAAGUGAACCAAGAAACAUUGAGACUCCUAGAAGAGGAGAAUCAGGAAUCAUUGAGAUCUCUGGGAGCAUGGAACCUGGAGAAUUUGAGAUCAGAGGAGGUAGACAAGGAGAGUCAAAGGAAUCUGGAAGAGGAAGAGAACCUGGGGAAGGGAGAGAACCCAGAGUCACUGAGGUCUCUGGAGGAGGAGGGACAGGAGGUGCCGCAGCCUGCAGAUGUGCAGAGGUGGGAAGAUACGGUGGGGAAGGACCAAGAACUGGCUCAGGAAAGCCCCCCUGGGAUGGCUGGAGUGGAAAAUGAGGAUGAGGCAGAGCUGAAUCUGAGGGAGCAGGAUGGCUUCACUGGGAAGGAGGAGGUGGUAGAGCAGGGAGAGUGGAAUGCCACAGAGGAGGUCUGGAUCCCAGGCGAGGGGCACCCAGAGAGCCCUGAGCCCAAAGAGCAGAGAGGCCUAGUUGAGGGAGCCAGUGGGAAGGGAGGGGCUGAGGGCCUCCAGGACCCUGAAGGGCAAUCACAACAGGUGGGGGCCCCAGGCCUUCAAGCACCCCAGGGGCUGCCAGAGGCGAUAAAGCCCCUGGUGGAAGAUGAGGAUGUGGCCCCAGGGGGUGACCAAGCCUCCCCAGAGGUCAUGUUGGGGUCAGAGCCUGCCACGGGUGAGUCUGCUGCGGGAGCUGAGCCAGGCCCGGGGCAGGAAAUGGGAGGGCUGGAGGACCCAGGCUAUCUGACCAGGGAAGAGGUGAUGGAACCACCCCUGGAAGAGGAGAGUUUGGAGGCAAGGAGGGUUCAGGGCUUGGAAGGGCCUAGAAAGGACCUAGAGGAGGCAGGUGGUCUGGGGACAGAGUUCUCCGAGCUGCCUGGGAAGAGCAGAGACCCUUGGGAGCCACCCAAGGGUCGGGAGGAGUCAGAGGCUGAGGCCCCCAGGGGAGCAGAGGAGGCGUUCCCUGCUGAGACCCUGGGCCACGCUGGAAGUGAUGCCCCUCCAGUUUGGCCCCUGAGGUCAGAGGAAGCUGAGGAGGAUGUACCACCAGUGCUGGUCCCCCCCAGGCCAAUGUACACCCCGAUCCUGGAAGAUGCCCCUGGGCCCCAGCCUCAGGCUGAAGGGAGUCAGGAGGCUAGCUGGGGGGUGCAGAGGAGGGCUGAAGCCCUGGAGAAAGUAGAGAGCGAGCAGGAGGAGUUGGGUUCUGGGGAGAUCCCUGAGGGCCUCCAGGAGGAAGGGGAGGAGAGCAGAGAAGAGAGCGAGGAGGAUGAGCUCGGGGAGACCCUUCCAGACUCCACUCCCCUGGGCCUCUACCUCAGGUCUCCCACCUCCCCCAGGUGGGACCCCACUGGAGAGCAGAGGCCACCGCCUCAAGGGGAGACUGGAAAGGAGGGCUGGGAUCCUGCUGUCCUGGCUUCCGAGGGCCUUGAGGCCCCACCCUCAGAAGAGGAGGAGGGGAAGGAGGGAGAAGAGGAGUGUGGCCGUGACUCUGACCUGUCAGAGGAAUUUGAGGACCUGGGGACUGAGGCACCUUUUCUUCCUGGGGUCCCUGGGGAGGUGGCAGAACCUCUGGGCCAGGUGCCCCAGCUGCUACUGGAGCCUGCAGCCUGGGAUCGGGAUAGGGAGUCCGAUGGGUUUGCAGAUGAGGAAGAAAGUGGGGAGGAGGGAGAGGAGGAUGAGGAGGAGGCGAGGGAGCCAGGGGCUGGGCGGUGGGGGCCAGGGUCUUCUGUUGGCAGCCUCCAGGCCCUGAGUAGCUCCCAGAGAGGGGAAUUCCUGGAGUCUGAUUCUGUGAGUGUCAGUGUCCCCUGGGAUGACAGCUUGAGGGGUGCAGUGGCUGGUGCUCCCAUGACUGCCCUGGAAACGGAGUCCCAGGACAGUGCUGAGCCUUCUGGCUCAGAGGAAGAGUCUGACCCUGUUUCCUUGGAGAGGGACGACAAAGUCCCUGGCCCUCUGGAGGUCCCCAGUGGGAUAGAGGAUGCAGGCCCAGGGGCAGACAUCAUUGGUGUUAAUGGCCAGGGUCCCAAUUUGGAGGAGAAGUCACAGCAUGUGAAUGGGGGAGUGAUGAACGGGCUGGAGCAGCCUGAGGAAGUGGGGCAAGGAACGCUGCUGGUCUCUGAGGGAGACCGAGGGAGCCCCUUUCAGGAGGAGGAGGGGAGUGCCCUGAAGACCUCUUGGGCAGGGGCUUCUGUUCACCUGGGCCAGGGUCAGUUCCUGAAGUUCACUCAGAGGGAAGGAGAUAGAGAGUCCUGGUCCUCAGGGGAGGACUAGGAAAAGACCAUCUGCCCGGCACUGGGGACUUAGGGGUGUGGGGAGGGGAAGGAUGCCUUCAAGCCCGCUCCCAGCUCAGGAGCAGCACUCUUAACUUACGACCUCUUGACGUGUGGUUUCUGGCUGAGAGGCCUGGCCUGCUAAGGUGAAAAGGGGUGUGGCAAAGGAGCCUACUCCAAGAAUGGAGGCUGUAGGAAUAUAACCUCCGGCCCUGCAAAGGGAAUCUCUUGCCUGCUCCAUCUCAUAGGCUAAGUCAGCUGAAUCCCGAUAGUGCUAGGUCCCCUUCCCUCCGCAUCCCGUCAGCUGGAAAAGGCCUGUGGCCCAGAGGCUUCUCCAAAGGGAGGGUGACAUGCUGGCUUUUGUGCCCAAGCUCAGCAGCCCUGCGCCAUCUCACUGCAGUAGCACCUCCCUCCUGGGCCGUCUGGCCUGUGGCUAAUGGAGGUGACGGCACUCCCAUGUCCUGACCCCCCCAUCCCUGCCACGUUGUGGCCCUGCCUGGCUAGUCCCUGUCUGAAUAAAGUAAUGCCUCCGCCUUCAAA